AUGUGUCCACAAAGCGAAAGCUUCAACAAACAAAUACAGCAAAUAAAAGAGUAUGGAACAGAAGUGGAAAUAAAGAAUGCGAUACGUCUUGAAAAUCAACUCAAGCUACCCAUGGAACUACGUCUUCGCAUGGUUAUGGACUACGUCUCCGCUACUACAGCUACCCAUGGAACUACGUCUUCGCAUGGUUAUGGACUACGUCUCCGCUGUUGGCUACAGCUACCCAUGGAACUACGUCUUCGCAUGGUUAUGGACUACGUCUCCGCUCUUGAAUCCAGAAAGGAGGGUCGUAUAGAUAACUUUUGGACGAAGUCUUUACCUAGAUUGAAACAUCGUAACGUUGCGGAGGUAAUAAAUAAUACCGAAAAUCGAUUUUAUUCCUGUGAUGGAGUACAAGUUGGAAGUGGCAAUACUAUUCAAAGCAAUAAACGAUCCUAUAGGAAUUGUGAACAAUCAAACGUUGAAGAAAUACCAACUAAAGGGAGCAAAAAACAAAAGCCUAUCCAUCCAUCAGAACGAUAUGUAGAAGAUGAACCAUCAGGUUCAGAUGAGGAAGUUUCUCCUGCUCUUCCCAACUGUUGGAAUAAUUCUUUGGAUGGUCAUAAUGAGUCAAAUGGCCAUGACAAGUUGGAUAUAGUAAUAGGGAUACACGAAGACGAUGAUGAAAAUCCUUUCAUCAUAAAGAACGAAAAAGGAUCAAGAAACAAUAAGUUUAAAACCACUCUAUCAUGGAAACAUGCAAUCAACAAUAUUGGCAUAAAUGAUGCUUCUAUGAAUGAUUGGGUGGCAGAGGAUCACAACGUCUCCCUUGAUUUCCGCAAUUUUCAGCUUGACGUAAUAAAUCAAUUGAAAGACAACCAAACGUUUUCAUAUUUUAAAGAUAUGGAACAGAUAUU